AUGUCGAACCUAACAACUUUAAUGACAUUUGCUGUUUCGGGCAUCGCAGGAGCUCAAUCGGAGUCCUCUUCUCGGCAAUCCCCAUUUUCACCGUAUUUUGACGCUGUGGUGUACCCUCAUGCGUGGGGCUGGCCGAUUGCUGCCUUUGUUGUGAUAGUACUGAAAACGGCACUUCUUUUUGGAGCUUUUGUAGUAUAUUCUUUCUCCGAUAUUCAACUGUUGAAAAAUAAAGCCAAUGCGAGAAGUACGGCAGAGCUAAACCGUUGGACCAAUGCGAUGUUGGAUUUGUUGAACAUUGAACCGGAAAAAGAAUGUCGGGACAAGCUGAUAUGUGAAGCUGAGGUCUCGAUCAGGAAUAAUCCUUUGCUACGAGUCAUUGCCUACGACGAGGGUGAGAAUGCGCACCGGAUGCUCGACUGUGGAGGAACUGAGCUACGAAAGCGAUGUGCUCUGACUGUUGGUGACCUGUUAUUGCAAAAACUUGGCUGGUUCGGUACUUAG